GUAACUAUGUAGCUUCGCCCUUAUAGUUUUUGAAAAAAGUUAAUGCAGUGCAGUUGAUUACUACUGAAAUAGUACUCCAUGUUUUUACCGAGAUUAGUGUGGCGGGGAAUGUUGCAGAGUUGAUACAUGAAUGGGAGUUUUAGUACAAGCGAACAUUAGUUUGGCGACAACCACCUGUGAGUGUCUUGUGAUCGCGUAGUGCUGCCUCCAGGUGCUGGCAGGCCCCUGUGGUGAUGGGGGCCGCGCUGCACAUACUGCUGCUCAUCGCUCACGCAGCCCUCGCCGCCGCCACCAAGGCAGGCCACAGUCUGCUGAAGCUGCGCAAGGCUCGGCCAGACCAGCGGUGGGUUGGGGCAGCUGGCAUGGACAGUCGCAAGUAUCGCAUCUGUGGGGAGGCUGGCGCUGAGCUGACCAUUCCUGUCCCUACAGGCACCACCGUCUGGCUCGAGCAGCACCAGAAAUUGCUGGGGACACAUUGUGAAGCUGGAACUGAAGCUGUUGGCCGAUGUGGGUCUGGUGGGCUUCCCUAACGCUGGCAAGUCCACACUGCUGUGGGCCAUCUCCAGGGCCAGACCCAGGGUGGCCAGCUACCCCUUCACGACACUGCAGCCGACCCUGGGUGUGGUGGAGUACAGUGGCAUGUGGCGGCUGACCAUUGCUGACCUGCCAAGACUCAUCGAGGGCGCCUGGGCCAAUGUGGGGAUGGGGCACCGCUUCCUGCGCCACGUGGAGUAGACACACUUCCUCCUCUUUGUGGUGGACGUCAACGGCUUCCGGCUGUCACCCAAACAGCCAUACCGUUCACCCACCGAGAAUGUCAUGCUGGUCAACAAGGAUAUUUGAACCAGAAAGCAAAGCCAACACAACCCACUUCAAAGCUUCCUUGGAGGGUUUCUAUGGACUCAUUCUAGAGAAACUGGUCACUGAGAAAUUUUCAGAUUCCUCAUUGGCCUUCCCAAGCACCAGCAGUUUUAGCACAAUGGCACAAGACGGGGAGGACAUGGUGCCUCUCGACCCCGAGCUUCUGGCUGAGCUGGAGGAGGAAGCAGCCUCUCGCUAUACUGAGGAGGAUAACCAGUUUACAGAGCACUGCAAGAAGAGCCUGCCUAAGCCGCCAAUACUCCCUGCUGACAGAUUUGACCGCAACAGACAGUGCAGAGGCAACUUUAGGCAUCAAGGAGGCUGCAGGGAUCAAGGGGAGUACAGAGGUCAUGGGAAUUAUAGGGAUCGUGGGAAUUACAGGGAUCACAGGAGGGAAUAUUCUGACCACAGGCAAGGGAGGUUUGUCAGUGACCACAGAGAUCAUGAUGACAGCAGAAGGGAUAGCGAGAAGAGGAAGUACAGGUCUGAGAAGGAGAGUGAUGAGUAUGGAAGAAGGAAUUACCAGUCCAGCAAAUACUACAAUGGGUGGGGGGGGGGGGGUGUCAUCCUGUUGAGUUUUGUGAAUCCAGUGGCUGGUAUAUUUAUCUUUCAUCAGGGACUUCACACAAGCUUCCACGCCAUUAAUUCUUUGACCAUUACCAAAGGUUACUGACAUUUAAUUUACAUUUAAAUGCCUGCCUGCCUGUCUGUUCAUAUCUUUCUCUCACAAUGUACUCACCAUUCACUUGUGAACAUUUAGAUUUUUAGGAAAUAUUUUUGAGCAAGUUCCUUCAUCACAAAGCAACCAUCUACUAAAAAGAAAGAAAAAUGGAAUAUAUGUUGGCAUUUCCUUGAUUGCUUUUGGUGUUAGUGUGUGACUUUCCAGAGUGACAAUACAAGUGUUAUCCCCACUACAAGUCAUGCACUAUAUAUAACAUCACUGAGUAUCUUUUCUCUCAUUUUCAUAUAAAUGUUUGUAACAUUUUCAUAUAAAUGUAUGCUAACUUUUAUGUGGACUUACUGUAAGAUUUUUUUAAAAGUAAAGUAUUUUUCCAA